GCAUUUACAGUCUAGUCGCGUCGAAACUUACUUCCAAAAGCUUGAGAGGGUGUUACUCAGCUGGGUACUGAUCUCAUCUCUGGCGAUGUGCGCGAUCGUCGUACAAACUCGUACGCCGUAGUCUAUAAAAGACUACAGGCAAGGAGGAUGCAAAAAUGCGAAAUGUAAAUAGAGGCGAUAAGAAUGAGGGAAUUACGGGUGUUACGUGACAACGGCGCCGUUGAUUGAAUAAUCUUGGAGCGAGUCGUCGAGUCGAGCGCGGUUUUCCUGGAUCAUCAUGGCGACACUGCCGCCGCGUAAAAAUCCAACGCCGACGAAAAUAUCAAAGGAGGACUUGACGCCGCUCGAGAUUUUACUGCAGCUCGGUUUUCCGAGGCACAGAGCAGAGAAGGCACUAGCUGCGACCGGAUAUCGGGGCCUGCAACUUGCCUCCGACUGGCUUCUCGCUCACGUCCGCGAUCCAACGCUAGACCGCGAUGAACCCAGGGAGUAUGUAUUGUAUGCCUGUCCCACUGGACCACUUGCCGAAAAGCUUCUCACCUUCUGGACGGAGAGCAGAGAGCUCGGAUGGAAUGGGGCCCACAAUUGCAUGCCGCACAUCACUCUUGUCUCAUUUUUCAAAGCGCCAGACGAGGCGGCGGGGAAGCUUGCAGGACUUUUGGAGGACGUAGUUAGCCUGAAGGACAGUCCAGACCAAAUUGGUCUAGAAACUUACAUAUCUCCUAAUUUCAUGGGUCUCUUUAUAGAGGAGGAGUACGCUAGCUGGUUGAAAACAAUCGCAGUCAAGUUUGUAAACAAAUUAUCGAGCCUCUCGAUAUCCGCCGAACCACCGAAAAAGUCCCUACAUAUAACACUAGCCUACCAAUUUUCCGAGAGCCUUUUUCAGCCGCUGAGAAAUAUGGCAGAACGGCUGGGCUCUGCGACCCAGGCGAAUUGGGAAUUGAGGCUCUAUUCGAGGGAUUCGCGGGUGGGCGACGCUCAUGUUCACAAAGUCACCCAUGCUCACGUACCUAGAGAACAUGACGAGCUCGAGCUCAGGCCUGGAGACUACAUAUACCUCUCGGAAAGAGCCUGCAGCGAAUCUAUUGACGGAUGGGUCGAGGGAACUUCCUGGCUCACAGGUAUCACUGGUUACCUGCCUCUCAAUCACACCAAACGCACCGCCGAAUCUGACGCGUGGACGCUUCACUCGACGGUUCAGAUAAUUGAGAACAGGGUUGAAAGUAUAGAGGAAGAAAUACCCAGGACGAGAAAACCGCCGGUAUUAUCGUCUAAUGAAUCGUUGGAUAUGCCUGACGGAGUACCGACCGAUCACGAGCCGAUGGCAGCUUCCGAGGCGCCGCAAAUGACGUCGAGACAGAUAUUCAUCUGCCGUCACGGCGAGCGAGUAGAUUUUACGUUCGGAGCGUGGAUACCGUACUGCUUCGAGGCGGACGGUUGUUACGUUCGACGUGAUUUGAACAUGCCGAAGGACAUACCAGCGCGAAAUAUUCAGGAGUUUCACAACGACUGUCCGCUCACGACGCUGGGGGAAAUUCAGGCGAAUUUGGUAGGGCAGGCGAUGAGAUCGUCGAACGUGACGAUCGACGUUGCUUUCGCCUCGCCCUCCCUGCGCUGCGUUCAAACGCUGUCGCAGAUUCUUCAAGGGCACGGUUCGGACGUGCGAAUUAAAGUCGAGCCGGGUCUGAUAGAGUGGCUAGCUUGGUACCCAAACGGUCUGCCGGUCUGGAUGACGCCCGAGGCGCUCAUUAAGGCAGGUUUUGACAUAGAUGUAAAUUACGAGGCCGUUGUGAAGACGGAGAGUCUUCCGCAGCGCGAAAACGCAGCACAGUAUUACGAGAGGAGCUUUAAACUGAUUGAAAAAAUAAUUGAACAAACCAAGGGCAAUGUCCUGAUCGUUGCUCACGCCGCUUCUCUUGCCGCUUGCACCAGGCAGCUCACCGGCGGUAGAGUACCGCCUGCCGCUGAAGUGACCAGACUCGUUCAACGUGUUCCUUAUCUCGCCUGUCUAACAGCUCAACAAGGGCCGGACGGAUGGCAAUUGCAUCCACCUCCGUUCCCUCCGCUAACGCACACCAGCAAUAGUAGAUUCGACUGGAAAAUAUUAACGUAAAUAUGAAUUAUUUAUUAUUCCUUUUCGCGACGGAUGAAGGAAAACCUUUUUAACUUGAUAAUGUUCACACUCCUCACGUAUUGAUCUAAUACUAGAGAAUAUCGCAAAGACUGCUACGAUACGAUGAAUCGGUUAGAUCUGAUCGUUACUUGCAAGAAAUUAUACACCGUUGCAGUUUGCAUUAGAACUACGAUUACUUGUAUUGUGAAAUUGUAUUUUCGUCCCUCCUUCCCUUCCAAUUCCUGAAUAGUUUUCUUGAACAACUCGUUAAAUCUUAUUGAAAAAAGUAUUAGUUAUUUAGAACUUAUGUAUUUAUUAAUCGUUACUGUACUAGCUACAGUCGGAGAUAUGUUUCUUCGUGAAUUUUACUAUUAUAUAAGUAUAAAUGUAUGUAUACAUAUUUGUUGUUAUUACGGGUAUCGCGGGCUUAUAUUUACUGGGUUAAUUGUUGUUGGUUGUUAUUGAAAGUUAUUAUGAAUCUGGUGUAAGCGAUCUAAAUUUUAAUAUUCGUGACAUUCCUGAAUUUCUCAGUGUCUUAAAUCAAUUCAUAUGCGACAUCUGAAAUUCAUUUCUCGUUUGUUGACAACAGUUUACCGUUGUUGUUAAACUUGAUGAAUUAUCCAUGAAAAGGUUUCACCAUCAAUUAUGAUGGAGAUAAAAAACAAUUUCGAAUCAGAAUCUAUGCGUCUUUUGAUCGUAAAAUUAGGGACUACUAACUUUUACCUUACCUUAGACACCCCAUAAUCAUUACUAAAUUUUAAUGUACUAGGUGUGAUAAUUCAAUUCUAUAUAUUUACUGCUAAGUUGACCAAAGAGAAUGAUACAUAGUACAUUAUAAUUUCUGUAUGAAAAUAUUUUAUCUAAAAUAUACAAACAUGCAAAAAAAACAAACAUGAAAAUCAAGACGUCGGGGGAAACCCACAUGUCGAACUUCCAACACACCGAUAUUAACCAACGAUUCAACAUUGUAUAAAUUUAUUAAUCUUCAGUCUGUACAAUUGGUAAUAUUGAAAUAUUUUUUAUUUUUUUAUUUUUAUUUUAGUUUCAUAUUAAUUCCC